UUGUCAAGUCCGAAGGCUUACCGAGGCGCACUGAAGAGGCGCUCGGAGGUGAUGGCAGCUCGGUGGCAUCGAUAUUACAAGUGCUGUAGUGAAAUCGAGAACAACAGACUCGAAGCUGAGCCCCGCGCGCGCGCCAAUUGCUGCCGCCGCUGCGCUCAGGCCCUUUGUUUAGGCCGUGCGGGCAGCGCUCUUCGGUAGGGUCUUGCCAUUUGGCAUUUAAUCACUUCCCUUUGUUCUCAACUUCUUGCCAGCACACGACUCCAAGAGUGCUGCAGUGCCGAGCCACCUUAGCUGUCGAGAUGGACGGACUCAAGGGGUCUAUGGCCACCAAGGGAAAGAGCAAACAGCGCAGCGAGCGCAAAGAGGUCUUGCCGCUCGAGCUCUUCUUCAGUGACGAUCAUCACGGCCUGCAACCAUCUCGACGCCAUGCGCCGUCUUCACGGGCAGGAGGUUUUCCCUCUACGACGCCCGCGGUCAGACAAGGUCAUCACGCAAUUCCGCAAAAGGCGCACCAUAAGGGCGCCCGUGAUGGUAUACACAGUGGAUCUAGAGAUCUGCAGAAGGCAAUCACAUACUCUCAGGGCCCAUCACACGCGCACCCUCCGAUCCGACUCGGGUCCGGACCUCUGUCUCAGCGUCAGCAAUCCUUUGCACAUUACGCAGGCCAGCCAAAGUCGGCGUUUGUGGCUUCACCGAGUCAGAUCCAACGACAUGGAUGCGCAAAUACAUUCUCAAGCACCUUUAUGGCGGACGGUCCCCACUCAGAGAGAAAGAACAAAGAAAGCCACCGUUAUGGUAGGGCGCACGGACACGGUGGGCCGCUCUCUCCGCCCCCGGCAUACAGCCCCCGCGGCCUCACAAAUGUCCCUCCCUACAAGCAGACGGACGAGAGAGAGCCUGCGGGGGAUGUCUGGCAGAGUACGAAAGUGAUUUUAGAAGGAAGGCCGGAUCGAAAUCGACACCAUUUCAGGCCCAAGGGCUCAGCACCGACGAUGAUGGGAGCCCCGGCAAGGGGAUCAUUCAAGACCACGCAGUCUUUGCCAUCAAGGCCUCUAACAUCAACCACCGACAUGUAUUGCGAUCACCAUAGCGGGCCUAUGAAGCCUCACGAAGCUCGAUGCAAGCGCUUGAAUCGAGCAGAGCUGGCUAAAGUCGAUCCAGCAAAGGGGCAAUUUGUUUUUAGCAAGCAAAUGCCCCGGGUGCACUUUGACGGCAAGCUGAGCUAUUCAAAUGCGGCCUUGAGCGACGAGGAAGACUUGCCCGAAGGGAUAGUUGGUUGGGGCGAAGAGGAGUGGGACGUCGAAGGCUGGGAAGACGCCAUCGGAGUCGAGGACAGUGCUCCUACCGCCUCGUGCGGGUGGGCCGAGAACGACGGCGAGGGCGGCAUGAGCAAGAAAGAGGGUGACGACAUCAACGAUGCUCCGCGACUGCGAAUCGACUCAAUUUUCACAGAGGCAUGGAAAAACCUGUUUGAUCCCGCGGGCGAACCCCGUGUGAAGCUUAAGCAGGCAGCUUUUCCGGUGUUGCCCAUCGAGAUUGUCGAGAAAAUCUUGGUCCAGCUCGCAAGCCAAGGAAGCAAGAGCGCCGUCACGGCGCUUCAGAUUUGCAAGUCGAGCAACUCUUUGCUUCUCCCCUUCGUCUAUCGGCACCUUGUCUUUCGCAGUCCACGGAAGGCUCUCGCAUUCUGCACGUCGCGACGCAUUCGGCCCCUGCCGCCUGCAACGGUGAGCUCAGUCACCUUUCACGAGGUCGAUCACACCUCGUACAGGGUCCUUGAUCUGCUCAAGGCGCAAUUCAAUCGUCCUAGCAUCGUCCACGCCGAUGGCAAAUUUCUCAAUCCAAAUGGCCGUGACAAGACGUUCUACCUCACCACGGGUACCCUGUUGUCCACGGUGCAAGAGCUGACGGUCGUGAACUAUGGGCUGGGUCAGAAAUGGAUCAACGAGCUGGUCAUGCCGAGCGACAAUGAGCCCCAGGAUACGCUGCCUACGCAUGACGACGGGCCCCAUCGAAUCAACCCAAGCGUAGGACCCGAAUAUGAUCAGGGCAACGGCGAUGUAGCCACCGGAACCACGCGACACAUUGGUGAUGUUACCUUUUCACCAGUCGCGCUACGGUCAGUCACGCUCUAUCAACCUAGCCUCCGUCGCUGCACCAUCGCACCGGCCUAUCUGCCCCAGCUCGAGCGGGUCAGCCUCUUUGUCACCAGCGAUGGUAUCGCGAGCGAUGCAGGCAUACAGCUCUUGCCCGAUAUCUGGCGAUGCAUCUCUAGCGGAGACGCAAGGAUGCAGCGACGCAAAAUUACGACCUUUGACGUCUCCAUCACCUUUGUCACGCACAAGCGGUGGGAGCUGUGCUGCAACGAGACGUACGCAGCCCUCGUCCAGCUUCAGGACUAUCUCCUACAGUCCAAUGGCAGGGACUUUGUCGUCGCAGACACCGACUUGUCUCUCUCGUUCCAUGUGGCGCGCUUUCACUCGCGCGAAGAGGCGCUGCACCAAGUCAAGCGUCACGAUGCCGAGAUUCUCCAGUGGCAGAAGAGGGCCCAUCGGCCAGGAGCGGGCUCCGUCACGGUACACCCCGACGUAGACUUUACGAGAGAUCAGCGCAUCAUCGUCGAAGACGACUUCCAUCGUCGGCUGUUUGCGCCUUUGCAGAUGGCCUCGCUCUCCAUCGCAGGAUGAUGCAAAAACAAAUAGACGAGCCGCAUGACAUGGAAACCUCCGCACAAAGCACAGCAAAAUCAUCUCUUGGUUAAAUCACGACAGAUGCCUGGUCUCCAAGAGGAUCUCGCGCACACCACUCAUUCACGAAGCACC